CGGAAAAAGUAGGCGCAACAAUCCAGAAAUUUGAUAUACCGGUAGUGUGCGUAGCAUUACUUGUUUGUUUAACCACAGCUUGAGUAACUUUACUUCAUUUGAGAUGAACGACGUAAGAGAGCAACUCUAUUUCAUCGACCAAAAGUAUGAGAGUUUCAAACAACAGCAAUUUAUAUUUAUCAAGGCUCUGGAGCGGUCGAGAGAGCAUGCAAGAGACAAAACUGAUCCUGUAUCUACCGUGACACAGGUUCAAAAGUAUAUGAACCAUCACUGCAGCAAUGCCACAGACAGACGCAUCUUCUCAAUCUUUUUGGAAAUAAUGUCUGAUCUUGAAGGAGUUUUAAAACAUCUGGAGUCCUUACUGUCCAACCAAAACACUGGUUCUGGAGAGGGCCUGGACACCUGCAGAAAGCUCCUGGACCCUUACAGUAACAUCAGCCAGCUAAGGGCAAAGUACCCACACAAUGAGAUAAAUCGCCUGAGCUGUGACGAGGCAAGGAAUUUCUAUGGUGGAAUUGUGAGUGUUAUUCCUCUGGCUCUAGACCUCCUCAAUUCCUACUGUAAAGGAGCUACUCAGCCUCUUGCUACAACACCACCAAGAGAAACAUCCCUCCAGCAAACAGAGGCAGUGAACGAAGGCACGUCUACAGACCUUGACAGGAGUACCAGAAGCAACUCUCGUAGAUUUAAGACGGGCGCAGGUGGCUGGCAUGCAGGAAAACCAGCGUGGAAGCCACCAGGCAAUACAAAGAAAUAAAAUCUACCUUUACAUGGGACAUUUUUAGGCUGUAAAAUAAAUCUUUGGUGUCCCCAGAGUACACAUGUGAAGUUUUAGCUCAAAAUAGCAUAUAGAUAAUUUAUUAUAACAUGUUAAAAUUGCCACUAUGUAGGUUUGAGCAAAAAUGUGCACUUUUUCGGUUAUGUCCUUUUAAAUGCAAAUGAGCAGAUGAAAUGCGUACACUAGCUGCGUUUCCAUUACCCUUUGAAUUGCGCAAAUUGACAUUGCGAAUUAAAAAUAUGGCCAAUGGAAAUUUCUGAUUAUUUUCUCUCUCUGCACUAAAUGGCAGUGCCAUGGUUGGAUAGUGCAGAUUAUGGGGCGGUAUUAUUAUAACAAGAUCUCCUUUUGACAUUACAAGGGAAGACGAAUUUCAAUGAACAAUUUUUUGCACAUGCUUGCAGGGAAUGCUUUACCAAAACUAAGUUACUGAGUUUUCACAUUUUCUAGGUUGAUAGAAGCACUGGGGACCCAAUUAUAGCACUUAAACAUGGAAAAAACUGCUGAUUUUCAUGAUUUGUUUGAAGAGCACCAAUUAUCCGAUUUAUGAUCUUCCAUUUGUGUGUAUUCGUACAUGUUAACGAUAUGCAAAAGGUGCAUACCCCAAAGUAAACAAUGACGCAAGUUAUCGUCUCCAACAAAAAUCUUUUUUCUUGGACUAUAACACACACGGAUUGUAAGCAACAAUUUACUUCCUGGGAUUGGUGAUGUAGACAAGACCGACAUUAUCAUAAUUCCUCACUUUGACUCACAGCCUGUAAGAUAACUCUUGUAAGUAUUGCAUUGUGACCGAAUCUUUCAAACAUGGUAAGGAGCGUCACAUUC